AUGGCCACGCAGGGCGUUGAAGAUCAGAAGAUUGUUAUCGACAAGAAGGCCGUUCAUUUCGGGGCUGGUAACAUCGGGCGUGGGUUUGUUGCUGAGUUCUUACAUAAAUCGGGGUACGAAGUUGUUUUCUGUGAUGUUGAGGAAGACAUCAUCGAAAAACUGCAACGGAAUAAGUCUUAUAAAGUCAUCCAGGUCGGAGCAGAAGGCAACACCGUAUCCACCAUCGAAGAUUACAGAGCCAUCAACUCCAAGACAAACGAAGCCGAUGUGAUCGAAGAGAUUAGUACCGCAGACGUCGUCACUUGCUCCGUCGGUCCAAACGUCCUCAAGUUCAUCGCUCCUGUCAUUGCAAAGGGGAUCGACGCCCGAUCAAAUGAUGCCACCCCCAUCGCUGUCAUUGCAUGCGAAAAUGCUAUUGGGGCAACAGACACACUUGCCAACUACAUCAAGCAUGAGGACAAUACUCCCGGACAUCGCUUGGAGGACCACCACGAGAGAGCACGAUUUGCAAAUUCGGCGAUUGACCGCAUUGUUCCUGAGCAACCCGUAGAUAAAGUUACCAAGAAGCCACUAUUGGAGGUCAAGCUGGAGAAGUUCUCUGAGUGGAUCGUCGACAAAACACCAUUCAGUGACCACCAAUGCCCCCCAAUCAAAGGUAUCCACUGGGAACCAAAUCUCUUCCGAUUCAUCGAGAGAAAACUAUUCACCGUCAAUACCGGCCAUGCUGCCGCCGCCUACCACGGCUACUUCCACAGGAAGACGACCGUUUACGACGCUCUACAAGACCCAAUAAUCCUUAACGAAGUCCGCCGAGCGCUCUCGGAAACAAGCACAUUAAUUGUAGGAAAACAUGGAUUCACAACAGAAGAACAAAACGCAUAUGUUGAAGAAAUUAUCGUCCGAAUCGGCAAUCCUCAUCUCGAGGACAACGUGGAGCGCGUAGGUCGUGCACCUCUCCGUAAGCUGAGCCGCAAGGAACGCUUCAUUUGCCCAGCUGCAGAACUUGCUGAGGAGGGCAAGGACUUCCAAGCUCUCCUCGAUGCAGCCGAGAUGGCAUUCCGCUUCCAGAAUGUCAAAGGGGAUGAAGAGAGUGUAGAGCUGGCAAAGAUCAUGGCAGGCAAAUCGCCAGAAGAAGUGGUGGAGAAGGUGUGCGGGUUAAAUCCACAAGACAAGAUCUUCCCUCAUGUAGUUGAGGUGGUAAAGAGGGUGCAAGCUGAUGCAUAG